CCAGACCGGAGCCCUCCUCAGAGGAUCGAGAAGAGGGAGUGAGGGAGGGGCCCAGACGCGCUGAGCCGCGAUCCGCUCAGCGCACGGACACCCGAGCUCCUCUGACUGCCAGCAUCAGAAGACAUGGCUUCCCCAGCACCACCAGCAUCAUCAGAGCCCUUCUAGGUGAGGAUACCUCGCUCGAUACUCUGCCCAGCAGCCAGCCGUGGUGGGUGCCACUCAGGAAGCUGCCUGAGCUUUCCAAGCCUCAUUCCAGCUUCUCGUAGCCACCGCCGACCUGAGCAGCGCCACCCCCCCUUCCCCACCUUGCCCCUGGUUUGGGCGGUGGCUCCAGAAGGCCAAGAUCACCCUGUUGGGCACUGCCCUCUUCAGCUGCAGGACAGGAAGAGGGGGUGGGUUGAUCACCCACAACCCCUCCCAACUCCAGGCCCCAAUGAGCUGAGAAGGGGCAGCCAGAAGCCCCUUAAACCCUCCCAGCUGGACUCUGUGUCUAUAUCUCUGACUCUCAUCGGGGCAUGGCCAGCAAUAGCAGCUCAUGCCCAACGCCUGGGGGUGGGCACCUAAACGGGUACCCGGUGCCUCACUAUGCCUUCUUCUUCCCUCCCAUGCUGGGCGGACUUUCUCCACCUGGCACCCUGACAAGUAUCCAGCACCAGCUUCCUGUCAGUGGGUACAGCACUCCAUCACCAGCCACCAUUGAAACUCAGAGCAGCAGCUCAGAGGAGAUCGUGCCCAGCCCCCCAUCACCACCUCCUCUCCCCCGAAUCUACAAGCCCUGUUUUGUCUGCCAAGACAAGUCCUCCGGGUACCACUAUGGGGUCAGCGCCUGUGAAGGCUGUAAGGGCUUCUUUCGUCGAAGCAUCCAGAAAAACAUGGUGUAUACGUGUCACCGGGAUAAGAACUGUAUCAUCAACAAGGUGACGAGAAAUCGCUGUCAGUACUGCCGGCUACAGAAAUGCUUUGAAGUGGGCAUGUCCAAGGAGUCUGUGAGGAAUGAUCGGAACAAGAAAAAGAAAGAGACGCCCAAAGCAGAGUGUUCAGAGAGCUACACACUGACCCCUGAGGUGGAGGAGCUGAUUGAGAAGGUUCGAAAAGCCCACCAGGAAACCUUCCCUGCCCUCUGCCAACUCGGGAAAUACACUACGAACAACAGCUCGGAACAGCGGGUCUCCCUGGAUAUCGACCUCUGGGACAAGUUCAGUGAACUCUCCACCAAAUGUAUCAUUAAGACUGUGGAGUUUGCCAAACAGCUUCCUGGCUUCACUACUCUUACCAUUGCUGAUCAGAUCACCCUUCUCAAGGCUGCCUGCUUGGAUAUCCUGAUUCUUCGGAUCUGCACAAGGUACACGCCAGAACAGGACACAAUGACCUUCUCGGAUGGGCUGACCCUGAACCGGACACAGAUGCACAAUGCAGGUUUUGGGCCCCUCACCGACCUGGUCUUUGCCUUCGCCAACCAGCUGCUGCCACUGGAGAUGGAUGAUGCUGAGACUGGGCUCCUCAGUGCCAUCUGCCUCAUCUGUGGAGACCGGCAGGACUUGGAGCAGCCAGACAAAGUAGACACGCUUCAGGAACCACUGUUGGAGGCCCUCAAGGUCUACGUGAGGAAACGGCGGCCCAGCCGGCCUCACAUGUUCCCCAAAAUGCUUAUGAAGAUCACGGACCUUCGAAGCAUUAGCGCCAAGGGAGCCGAGCGAGUGAUCACGCUGAAGAUGGAAAUCCCGGGCUCCAUGCCACCCCUCAUCCAGGAGAUGCUGGAGAAUUCCGAGGGCCUGGACACUUUGAGUGGACAGCCGGGGGGCGGGGGGAGGGAAGGGAGUGGGAGCAGCCUGGCCCCGCCUCCGGGCAGCUGCAGCCCCAGCCUCUCUCCCAGCUCCAACAGAAGCAGCCCGGCCACCCAUUCCCCCUGACCCGGCCCACACCGCCCCCUGCGGAAACACGGACACAGCCCUCAGCCCGCCGCCCGGCUUUCUCCGCCUUCAGAAAGAAACCACCACGAAACACGUCUCCCCUCUCCCUUCGCCCUCCUGCCCGGACAGAAGGCGGUCUCGGAACCUCGUGGGAGGCCUGGGGUCCCGAAGGACAGAAGAGGUGGGAAAGAUGGAGCCACGUCUCCGCCCCCUCAGUCCUUGCCGGACUUCACUGCAGCCUGAACUGGAGGCCGCCUGGAUGACCUAGAUUUGGUGGGGGCUGGGGCCAGGGACCAAGGGCUGAAGGGAGUCCCCUUUUCGGAUCCCAGGCCUGGGCCAGAGCAGUGAGCCGCUGCCUGCCGGGAUAUGGUGGGAGAGGGCGGAGAGAGCGCCAUUCUCCUGGAAGCGCCUGUGCUCCCCGCCCCACCCCCCAACCUCCCCAGCCUCAUGUUCAUCACCAGCAAAACUCCAGGGGCUUUCAGCCCCACCAUUCUCAAAACUAGCAAGCCAUCCGCCCCCUCCCCAGGCUGGGGGAAAGUGGGGGCUGAGGUGGGAGGGUGGGUAGAGCCUCCCCAAUUGCUGUGGAAUCCCCUCAGGUUGGUGAUGGGGGGCAGGGCUUCUCCCCUGUACAUACCCCGCUGAGUCCCGCCCUGCCCCCUUCCCAUUCCUCCCAGAUAUUACCAUCUCCCUCGCUGGUUUUGUUUUUAUUUUUUUGUUUGUUUUUAUUUUUUUUAAAUAAGAAGUUUCAUUUUAAGCACAUUUGUACUGAAGGAAUCUGUGCUGUGCAUUGGGGGGAGGGGAUGCUGCCCUGGGGGCAGCUGGGCUCAGAGCCUGGGGGAAGGGGAGGAGAGAUGGCUGGGGAAGGAGUGAACCCAAGCCCCUAGACAACUCCCUCCCUCCUUUGCCCACCCACACCUCUCCCCCUCAACCCCGUUUCUCCUCAGUUUUCUCUCUCAAACUGUGAAGUACUGCUCUAAAGCCAAUUCUCUCUCCACUCCCCGCCCCAUCACUGGGGACAAGGGGGCCAGGCCCCCCACACCAUUUCUCUCUCCUCUGAACCACUGGGUGUGGGCUGAGCAGGGGAGGAAGGGUCUUGUUUCUCCUCUGUCCUCUUAGCUCUUGUUGUGUGGUGCCCCCCUCUGUCCUUUCCUACCAAGGGUUGGAGGUUACUGGUCUGAGAGACUAGGGAGAAGAGGGAAAGGAGCUGGGCAAGAUGCAUCUCCUGCUGCCCCCCCCCCCCUCCCGCUUACAAAGUGUCUCACCCCUUCCUGCACCAUGGCAGAGAGCUGAUGCCUCUCCCAUCUGGCCUCCCCUUUCCAUGGGGACCCAGCCUUGUACCCACAGUGAAUGGGAUAGCUAUGGGUCAGAGAGGGGGAGGAGGAGAGGGGAGUGGAGGGCUCUUCUGGGAGACACUGACCUCUGUUGCCCCCACCCCAGCCUCACAGCCACCAGCAAUACCAUUUUUCUCUCCCAUGGGCUGGGGCAAUCUCAAUGGCUAUUUACGUUUCUCCGUUUCUCCCACCUCCCUCCACACCCUGCAGACAGACAGAGACACCCGAGUUCCUGGGUCAUCAUCUCCUACAACCUGGCCUCCUCUCUGCUCAACUCUUACUUGCAUCUCCCCCUCCCUUUACUCCUGUCCCCCCUGCAGGGCGGGCAUCUGCUGGGGGGUCCCUCCCUCUCCCUCCCAGGGUUGGGAGAGCUGGCCCAGCCUGCCUCUCCAUGGGGGGCCUGGGAAAUGGUGGGGGGGAGGGUGAGGACCCCUCCAAUGCUCCCCUCACUUCCGGGCAGGUUCCCUCCCCCUCGGGAGCCCAACCUGGUGCAGCUGUUACUGUUGAACUUUCCAUUGAGAUCUACUGGAUAAAGAAUAAAAUUAUAUUUAUUCUA